AUAAAUGGCACUUAUUCAUCCAAAAUAAUCUUGACAGGUUAAAUCACUGGCAUGACAAGAACAUUAGGUACCAUUUUCUUUUCUCCUUUCCUGCUGACUCAUCGAUGCUUCUCUUUCCGUGUUUAUCACCUUCCUUUGUACACUUUCUUCCCAUUGUCUUUUCUCUUUCUUCCUCGUUUACGAGUUCUUUCCCGCUUUCUUUGCCUCGGAGCCUUUCUUUCGAUGCUCUCUUUUUCUUAGAUUCUGCUCACCUCCUUGAAGGAUAUCAUCCAUUGUUAUCAUUUAUAGAACAAAAACCAUCUCUUUGUAAAUAUCACUUCUCAUAAGAACUCUGAAACCAAAUAAGGAGCAAUUUUCAAAGGAUGGGUUUCGAUUUGCAGACCACACCACGGUUCAGUGUCGGUCGGGAACUAGCAACUUUGAUUACUUCUUGCGGGAUCCUGGACAAGGCCUGGGAAGAGAUAUGUAAUGUUUCUAAAAAUAAUAUAGAUUUUCUUCUGAAAGAAGAUGACGGUGUAGCAUAUGUGACCUUUCCUUCAUUUUCUGGAGAGGAUUUCAUUGUUACAGACAGCAAAUAUGGAGAGUACGAUAUCCAGAAUGAGAAAAUAUUCUCUGCCUGUCUUAAGGGCAAUGAUGAUAAGAAGGCCCUUGUUCAUAAGGGAGCUUUCAACCGAUUCCUGCGUAUUGUGGAAAGUUCCGAUUUCAAAGCCAAGAUGCAAGGUUUAAAGGAACAAGCAAUUAUAUUUGCAGGCCAUUCCAUGGGGGGUGCAGUUGCAACCCUGGCCACUCUCUGGUUUCUGCAAAAGAAGGCGAGAAACAUAUCUUAUUUUUGUAUUACAUUUGGUUCUCCGUUGGUGGGAAAUGCUAUAGUUGGGGAGGCAAUUGGGCGUGAAGAUUGGACAGGAAGAUUUUGUCAUGUUGUCUCCAAGUAUGAUAUUGUUCCUAGGAUGCUUCUUGCACCAUUUGAAUCAAUUGUGGAGCCUUUGGGUGCAAUUGUGCCUCAUUGGGAGAGCAUAAUGGGCAUUGGCUAUGUUGCUGUAACACAUCUUUCUAUACCAGAGGCUUGCAAAACUCUUCUUGAGAAAAUCCUACAGUGCACAUCUACAAUAGCAAAUAAUUACCCAGGAGAAUCUGGUCUUAGAAGCCCAUAUAAACCCUUCGGUACUUACAUGUUUUGUUCAAGCCAAGGUGCAGCUUGUAUUGAUGACUCUGAAGCUGUCCUGAAGAUGUUGCAUUUCUCUAUGCAAGAAAUGCCUUUUGAUCAACUUGCAGGCACCUGUGUUUCCGAUCAUACAGGUUAUGGGCAAAUUUUGGAAACUAUCUCUAAAGACUUGCUAAAUGCAAUGCCAAAUGCAAAGGUUGCUGCAGACGCUUUUGAGAUGGGAAUAGCACUGGAAUUGGAAGCAAUGGGCGUUGGAGAUCAGAACCAUCAUGCAUCUCUUGCACUCAGAAAAGCUGGAGAGAUGAAAAAUGAGCAAGAUCUGAACAUUGAGAAACUAAAUAAUGAUUUGAGCAAGAGUCAAAGUUUAAUGGCAGAGGUGGAAUGGUAUAAAGGGCGUUGUACGAAGGGCUCUGGCUACUAUGAUACUUUCAAACAACAUGGUGAAAAGCCAGAGUUUCAUGUAAAUUUGGCUAGAAUAAAGUUGAGAGCAUUCUGGGAUGAAAUUGUUGAGAAAGAGGAGAAGCAUGUACUGCCCAGUGACUUCCGAUGCCAAAAUAAAUGGAUCAAUGCUGGCACUGCAUAUAGAAGACUUGUAGAACCUCUGGACAUUGCAUACUACUAUCGUAGACAGAAGGAUAACAAAAGCUAUCUCUCAGAUGGGGUGAGACCUCACUGUCACAUCGUUCUGGAGAAAUGGUUGAAAGAAAAAGACCAAACUCGUGCAGGUAGAGAUAAUAAGUAUCGAACAAAGUUUGCAUCCUUAACUCUGGACUCCUGUUUUUGGGCUCGUAUAGAAGAGGCUUGUCAAGCGUUGACAAAUCUCCAGAAAGAGCAAGACCAACAUCAAGUCUUGAAUGCCUCACUGCAAGAAUGCCUAGAGUUUGAAAAUUAUAUUUGGGAUAUUAUCAGUAACAAGAGUAUUUCUGUAGAGGUUUUCCUGGAGCAGAGUAGCUUCAUGAAUUGGUGGAAACAAUACAGUAGCUAUCUUCAACUCCAAACCCCACAAUGGAUAUCAAGCUCUCCUUUGUUCAACUUCAUGGCAAAUGAAACCUGGAAGUAAAAAAUUCAGAAGAGCGAACCUUUUUCUACUUUGAAAAAGUUUUUCAAAAUUA